AUGCUCGCACUUCGCCUUGCCCGACCGUCCGCCUUCCGCAGCCUCCUACCGCGAUUGCCCUCGACCACUCUCCUUCUGCGCGCAACCUUCAGCAACACCACAAGCGCAUUGCAGUAUUGGGAGGAGUUCGAGCCGGGGCAGACGUGGCGUAUGGUCAAAAGGGAGGUUGGUGAGCAGGAUCUGGAGGAGGCUGCUGAGGAUGCAUCCCACUUGAUGACGCUUGAAGAGCUCGACAAGAUGCUCGACCCAGCGCCGUACCGCCGAGGCGCAAAGGUCGAAAGCCUCAAAGCCGGCCAGCCUAUCGAGCUUCACCCGAUGCUUGACGACGUCGACUUUAUUUACAUCAAGCCUACCCACUCGUGCGCGCCCGGUGCUCGUCUGGAAGUCUGGACCGAACAUGGCGACGUCGUCUCAGGGAACGCCUACUCGGAUCCGGCUAUCGAGGAGAUGGCCACGUCGCCUCCGUGCAAUCGCUUGGUGGUGCGCAUACGCGAAGAUAUCGCUGCGGACAUCGUCAAUGUCGACGGCGUGACAGUGCGCGAACUUUUAGAUGGCGUCGCGGGCUUCUGGGACAGACCUGUCAGCGACGAGGUUGCCAAGUACUACCGGCGCCUUUAUGAUCACCCGGCUGACGACAAGAACGUCAUCACCGAGGGUCACUUCCAGCCGAUACAUUGCUCCUGGGAAGGAUGGUCUAAAGGACCCGAGGUUCAGGAGGACGGCUCGGUGCUUCUCGAGUGUGACGAGAUCCGUGGGAACUAG